CCAGCAGCAGUGACUUCAAUCAAUAGAACUGGUUUGUGGCCCAUCGAAAUUGGCAAUUGAAAAUGUUGCUCGUGCCGCUGCUUACACUGAUCGCAGUGCUUCGGCUGACCCAAACGCUGCCACUCGAUGAUGCGGAGUCGUCAUUGUCACCGGUUACAAGCGAAUUGCCGGAUGGCAGCGGGCGGGUGGUCUUCGAUCAGCGGCAGACGGGCAAGUACAACAUACACGUUAGCAUCAAGGAUGUCGCCAUCAUCGAGGUGGGUCAGAACGAUCUGACAGAUGGCGCGUAUAACGAUGCGGAGGAUUACUACUACGAUGACAGUGCGUUGACCAUCAAACCCAUCAAGUUCUCGACUGAGGCCAUUGGCAGUAGCACCAGCAGCAGCAGCAGCAGCAUCAGUACCACAGCAGCAGCUGCAACAACAUCCACAGAGCACCAUAUUCACAGCAGCACCACAGAGCCGUCAACUGGCACUACCUUAAAGGAAUCCACGAUGGCAACUGUGGCACCUUCAUUGAGCAGCUUAAAUGGCAGCUCAGCUUACAGCUCGAAUCUCUUGGCGGAUAUCGCCGCCAGCAGGAUCAGGCCCAAGUCCAGGCUCAACAAUCUCAUGAUUGUGGAGACACCAAUUGGCGGCGCACGAGCCGCAGCUGUGCCACACCUGCCACAUCCCAGAUCCAAGGAUAUUCCCAUUAUGGCUGCCGCUGCAGUGACACGACCCUCGCAGCCGCAAGCCAUUGAGUACACGCCCCCUCAAGGUCACAACUCGCCCAUAUUCAAGGUGAAAGUUCAACGAUCUGCAUUGGCGCCCAACAAGAAGCCCGCCGCCCGCUGUCGCUCGCAUCAGACACGAAAUGCCCAGGGCAAAUGUGGCGACUCGAUCUACCGUCGUCUGUACAGCAUGCUGAUGGGUCUCAAUAUUCCGGGUCUGGUGGGUACACCACCCCACGCUGCCGCUACCGCUGUUGAUGCUGCCUAAUGCGAUCACCCUGAAACGCUUUUUAACUUACCAUUUCAAUGUAGUUUACACUGUCAAACAUAGACGUUAAGUGCCACUAAAUUGUAUCUGCUUGAGCAGAGCUCUUCUGAAAAAUAUUAUUAUUGGAACCAAGUAUAUUAGCGCUUGGGUAGUUCUGGAGCAAGAGAGGCCAGAAAAUAAUGCGAAUGACAAUGCGGAAAACUGUCAGAAUUGCACGAGCCAAAAGAAGCGGAAAAACUUUAAUUGGGCAUAAAAGAAAAAUUAACCAUCAGUCCAUGACAUAAACUUGUCUUUAUGUCCACACGGAUCGUUGAUCUGCCAGUAAGAAUUUUUAUUUGAGUUAUAAAAGAAAUAAUCAAAAGCAAUCAUCAA